AUGCACUUUUUAUCGGGGGCAUCAACAUGUUUCGUUUGGAUCCCUAUCUUGGUCGUGGUGGCCACACAAAUGCUCCUUAUUGGCACCGUUUCGUCCUUGAACAUGACCAAUGCCUAUCUGAACCACAAAUGCUUACCCAAACAAGGAAAAUACAAGCCGGGAAGUUGGCAUGAGAGACAACUCGAAAAAAUCAUAGAGUCCAUUGCAAGCGGUGAUGGUUUUACCCACGGUUACGACAUGAUGUCCCUUAGUACGGAUUCUGAAUACGUCGGUGUUACCAACCAGUGCCGCGGCGACUCCUUGGGGUCCAAGUGCCGGUCCUGCUUCGCCACCGCCAUCGCAGGGCUUCGUAGGAGAUGUCCGCGGUAUAAAGGGGCAAUAAUAUGGUACGACCAAUGUACUCUCGAGAUUUCUACAUUCGAUACCCAAGGAAAGAUCGAGAAAGAUAAUGAAGUAUGUCUGUCCAACGCGAAGAAAAUGAAGGUAGAUUCGUUCAUAGAGAAGUGGAUGACUUUCCUCGAGAAGCUGGUAGGUUUAGCCAUCGAAGAUAAGUAUCUGUAUGCGGCGAGCGAUACAAGAUUUGGGACGAAAAAGUUGUACGGGAUGAUGCAGUGUAGAAAUGACUUGUAUAACAAUACUUGUGGCAAAUGUGUUGGACAUUUAGCUGUUAAAUUUCAAGAUUGCUGGAAUGGUAAACAAGGAGCUAGAGUUUUGGGUAGUAGCUGUAACUUUAGGUUUGAGCUUUACCCUUUUGUAAGUAGUACCAAGUCCGGUCCUAAUAUGAAAAUCUGA